AGACACGCACAUAGGUGUGUUAUUAUUAUACGUCAUAUGUAAGUUUGCACCUAUAUAUAAAUGCGAGUUCAGUAUUCAAAGGGCCUGCACCAAGAAGCUUUGAGUUGUCGAGAAAAAUGGCUGGUUUGUUUGAUAAGCAAGCAGAGGUUUACCUGGAUGCAAGACCAACAUAUCCAGGCGAGUGGUAUUCGAAGCUGGCCGCUCUCACCCCUCACAACUCUUUAGCUUGGGAUGUCGGCACCGGCAAUGGCCAAGCUGCUAUUGGUGUUGCUGAGCAUUAUGAAAAAAUAAUAGGAACCGAUGUGAGUGAGAACCAGUUGAAACUUGCAAGGCCUCAUCCCCGCAUUCGGUAUCUCUAUACUCCAGAAUCUAUCACUGAUGAUGAAUUGGUGGCCUUGAUUGGGGGAGAAAAUUCAGUUGAUUUGGUGACCGUGGCCCAAGCUGUGCACUGGUUUGACCUCCCGAAAUUCUACUCCAACGUGACAAGCCUUCUACGCAAACCAGGAGGCGUAAUUGCUGUUUGGGGAUAUAAUCAGAUUGAAGUGAGCCCCAUUUUUGAUCCCAUAAUGGAUCGCUUCCAUGGCACCACUCUUUCUCAUUGGCACCCGAAAAUACAAUACGUGUUUGAUGGCUAUAAGACACUUCCAUUUCCUUUUGAAAGUGUGGGUUUAGGAUCUGAGGGAAAACCAAUUUUGCUAGAUAUACCAAAGAAGCUGUCAUUUGAGGGAUUCUUGAGAUUCCUGAGGUCUUGGUCUGCAAUCACUGCCGCAAAGGACCAAGGCGUUGACUUGUUAUCUGAUGGUGUGGUUAAAGAGUUUGAACGUGCUUGGGGAGGGCCUGGAUUGGUCAGAUCUGUCGUCUUUAAGGUCUUUAUGAUUGCCGGAAAAGUAAAGCUGUAAUUUUCCUUUCUCAAGUUAAGCAACCUCCUAGAUUUUGUUGUCUGGAAUAUUGAUGCAGGAGAAGGUCCAAACUGAGAGAGAGAGAGAGAGAGAAGACAACCCUUGGGGAGAGAAAGCAAGAAGCAGAGACACGUUAGUAAAUCAUAAUCUUGUCCAUGACAUAUGUUUUUAACUGUAGAUUUCAAGGAAGUUAUGUGAGAACGUCUACUUGUGAACAAGACAGAAUUUUAUG